GGUCUUGGAAUGCUGACCCUAAAAAGGCAGCUCAGGAUGCUUCGUGAAGACCCUUCUAUCGGUGAACCGAUGCCUGUGCAUGUUGUGUGCCUCCGCUCAAUCAUGAGUUACUUGGUCGUCCUAUGUAACGACUAAUUUUUUGCAAGUAGGCUUACAAAAAGAGGAAUUUCCACUUGAUUCCUUCUAGGUACGGAAGCCAGUAAAGUAAGAUUUUCUUCUUUUCCAUUGACAGCAAAUAACACCAUUUGAGACCAUUUAACUAUCGCUUGAAUGAAUACUUGCCAUUUCUCAGCCUAUUAUUGGGUGUUCGCAGUUCAAAUCACUAUGCCGCGGCACUUUGCGUUUGUAAAGCGGGUUGUUCAAGACUUUGUACCGAAUGUAUUCUUAAUCAAAAGUUCGGUCGUUAGGGCGUGUACUAAGUAACUUUGGGUGUUACCUGGUCGCUUGUUAGACGCUUGAUCCUCUUCUGUAUUUUCGAAUGGACAAAUGCGAGUCCGAUGAUCAACAUGUAAACAAGAGCUCUCGAGUUAGGUAUACUCGGGCCGAAAUUUUGGAAGUUAAGAAAAAUAACGUCUCGUCGAUCGAAAUUACUGAUGAGUUUUCUCGUAUAAAUGCUUCCAUUUUACGUUCAGCUCGUGGAAGGACGAAACCUAAUAAUCCUACUAAAUCUCAGGGUGAAAGAACACGAGAUACGUCUAGCAUAAUUCUAGGCCCUCAGAAGCGUACAUGGAACACUGGUUGUCACGUUUCUCAGCAGCCUCCGGGUCGUGAGCUGUCUGAUACGAACGCACCCACUCGUUGGCCAAAGUUUAGUUCGGAUCAUCGUUCUUCCGACAAACAUCAUGCUAGAGCAGUUACAGACCACAGGAAAGACUACCGCUCAACUGACGUUCGUGGUCCUGGGCAUUCGGUUCGUGGCCGUGAUCGUGGUUCGAGUAAACAUACCGAAGGAAUACCUUUUUCGAAAAAUUACGGUAAAGAUGAUCGAUAUAGUCGCGAGCGCAGAAUUUCCAAUUCUCACAGUGAAGAUGAACCUGAAUGGUUUUCUGAAGGGCCUACUACUGUUAACGAAACUAUUGAACUUGGAGGUAUUCUGGAAGAAUCGUUGGAGUGUGAAAGUGAUUUGGCUGCAAACAACAUCGAGAUAAAAAGCAAGUCAGAGAUAAUAGGUGGUGACAAACUAGUAAAAGCAAACACCAGCACAGCAAAUGUCUUUGCCCAACAACCUCCUGGGUCCAAAAGUGGUGUCUUUUCAGAAAUACCAACCAAAGGCGCUAUAGGUGCUGCGGCUCCUCUAGUCGAGAAUCAAGGAAGCCGUUUCAAGCACCUUUUUCAAAAGAACGAAUCAUCAGAUGAGAACACACGGCCCAGCAAUUAUAGUCAAAAGCAAGCUCCUUUAGACAGUAUCAAUGCUCAGCUACUAAAGCUACUGAAAGGUUCGUGUGGAGACCCUUCAAGUCUUCACAGUCUUGAGAUGAAUAGUGCUCUUCAGGUCGAAAACAAACUUCGUUCAAUCCUUCUUGGAUGUAGCGCUGUCGCGGUACCAAGUGUUGAUCACGAAAAAAAGGAAUUCAGUGAAUCGAAGCCAAAAGUACUCACUGUUGAAGAAAUUGAGGCCCAACUGAAGUCACCUCACGAGUGCUUAACAGAUGUAAUCAGACCAGCUAAUACAACUGUUGGUUCGCUACCUCAAAUCUCAGUCCCUCUACUGAUAGAUGACCAAGCAAUUAAAUCUCACGGUGUGCCUAUCGAUUCUUCAAAGAACGAUGAACAUUUUGCUAAGCCGGAAACGACUUCCAAUUUGGUAUCCAUUUUACAAUCACUUAUGAUCAAAACACAGCAUCAAAGGCCAAUUUGCUCUCAGUCAAUGAACAUACAUAACUCCUCACCCUUUGGACUUUUUUCAGGCCCUAUGGCUGAUUCUGUCUCAGCAAGUGGGCGUAUUAAUCAGCUGCAGCGUCCAGAUAUGCCUCGAAAUUUGGCUUCUGAUGUGGGUCCACCAUCACAAGGUACAAGUUUUUCUAUCGAUUAUUCAGUAGGUUUUCUUCGUAACUUGUGGGAUGGAACGAGGGAUGUAACUUAUUCAAAACCACAGCUUCAGUCCCCAGCUUUGUAUCCUGACUUACCUAGACCACAACCUUUCGCCUCAGGACCGCCUGGAAGGCCGAUAGUAAAAGGUCAACAGAAUAUGUUCUCCAGUCACAUUCCAGGACGGUCAGCUGGUGCUGUUUACGACAGGAACCCUAUGUCUAUAGAUUCUUCGAUACAGCAAGUCAGUCGCCGACUUCUCGGUAUGAAUUUGAAACAGUAUCAUCUUGGCAGCAAUGAGUCAUCAGAUCUGUUGAAUGACUCUUCUGGAGCUCUGUCUUGUCACAGGCUAAACUAUGGGAACUCAUUCUUAUAUCAAAAUCCUAGUCUGUCUUUGCCAUCUACCACUUUUUUUAACAACAUUUCAGCUUACCCGAGUUUAGCUUCUACGCAGUUGCAACAACAAACUAUAGCUAACAGUGGUCGAACAAAUAAUGAUAACCUAACUCUACUUUCACAGCUGAUGGAAUGGGAAAGACUCAAACAACCAUCUGGCGUUAACUCGACCUUCAGUGAGAUCAAAGCCAAAACGUUGGAAGAGAUCGAACGAUUGGAAUCUUGAAGAAAUAAUAUCCUUUUUUAAGUUUUCAAAACAUUUUUUGUACCCAGAUUAAACUUACAGAUCCUGUCGGAUCAAUUCAUUCCUUUCUAGGUCUCAUGCAUUUUAACUGUACAAGACCUGUGUGUAAUUUUCAUAUUCGCUGAAUAAUGUACAUAGUCUAAAAUUCCCUGUUAACACCUGGGACUGACAUCUUUGUAAAAUAUGCCGUUUUAUAGAGUUACUCAGAGCUAUGGAGACUCUGGAUCUUGUGAAUAUUGUCUUCAGUGCUGGUCACUCAGCCACAAAUAUUCUUUGGUUUUCUUCCCAGUUACAUCAUGUGGGUGCUAUGUUUAUUCUCUUUAUGCCUUAUUUUGUUGAGUUACUAUAUUUUAUGCAUUUCGUUUACGUAAGUUUGCGUUACACUGUUUCUCAAAAAUUUCGGAUUAGAAAAGUGUUCUUUUGG